UCCAGAGGCAGUUGGAUUUUUGUCAGCCGUUGGGGUAUUUAUUAUCUUGAUGCUGCUCCUUUUUCUCUAUAUUAAUAAGAAGUUCUGUUUUGAAAAUGUUGGCGGGUUUCCGGAUUUGGGGUCAGGAUACAGACCAAGGAAGAAUUCACAAGAUAAAAUCUAUAAUUCCUACAUGGACAGAGAUGAGCAUGGUUCAUCCUCCGAAAGUGAAGAUGAAGCACUGGGUAAAUACCAUGAGGCCUUAUCCAGAACGCACCAUUCCAUGCUACCACUGGCAGAUUCGAGACAAAAGAAGUGUCCUUGGGAAACAAGGCAGAAAUACAGCCCUCUUUCCGCAGAGUAUGAUGGAUACAGUAGUGAGGCAUCAGUAGAUGAAGGAAACUGCAUCCAGAGAAUGCGGAGAACACCCCCCCUGGAUGAACUGCAGCCACCACCGUAUCAGGAUGACAGUGGGUCUCCCCAUCUCUCAUGUACACCCUCAGAACUUGGGGACAGUAAGUGUGAAUUUUCCCACUGCAGCAACAGCCCAAGAUGCUCAUAUAACAAGUGUCCGAGUGAAGGAAGCGCAGGUCAUGAAAUAGAAAGUUUUCGUAAUAAAGGAUAUGAAGAAGACGUUCCAAGUGACAGCACUGCAGUCCUGAGCCCCGAAGAUAUGUCAGCUCAAGGCUCAUCUUCACAGCUUCCUAAACCUUUUGAUCCUGAGCCAGAAGCUAAAUAUGGCACCCUGGAUGUGACUUUUGACUAUGACUCACAAGAACAGAAGCUUCUGGUAACAGUGACAGCUGUCACAGAUAUCCCAACAUAUAACAGGACAGGUGGCAACUCAUGGCAAGUACACCUUGUUCUUCUACCUAUAAAGAAACAGAGAGCAAAAACCAGCAUCCAGAGAGGACCAUGCCCUGUCUUCACAGAAACAUUCAAAUUUAAUCAUGUUGAAUCUGAAAUGAUUGGAAAUUAUGCAGUUCGGUUUAGACUGUAUGGUGUACAUCGCAUGAAAAAAGAAAAGAUUGUGGGGGAAAAGAUUUUUUAUUUAACAAAAUUGAAUCUUCAAGGGAAAAUGUCAUUACCUGUGAUAUUGGAACCUUCUUACAAUCAUUCUGGCUGUGACUCCCAAAUGAGCGUGUCAGAAAUGUCCUGUAGUGAAAGCACAUCCUCCUGUCAGUCUCUCGACCAUGGCUCGGUUCCAGAAAUUCUCAUUGGCCUGCUUUAUAAUGCCACCACUGGAAGACUCUCGGCAGAAGUGAUAAAAGGCAGCCACUUCAAAAACUUGGCAGCAAACAGACCACCCCAUACGUAUGUUAAGUUAACUCUACUGAAUUCCAUGGGUCAAGAAAUGUCCAAAUGCAAGACAUCGAUCCGCAGAGGGCAGCCCAAUCCAGUGUACAAGGAAACUUUUGUUUUUCAAGUGGCCCUAUUUCAACUCUCUGAUGUGACACUCAUACUGUCUGUGUACAACAAACGCAGCAUGAAAAGAAAAGAGAUGAUAGGCUGGAUUUCUUUAGGUCUCAACAGCUCUGGAGAAGAGGAACUCAAUCACUGGACUGAAAUGAAGGAGUCGAAAGGACAGCAAGUAUGUAGGUGGCAUGCGUUGCUAGAGUCGUGAAGGCUGGGCUCAAGGAGCAGUGACAGCUCAAGGCAGCAUUGUCGCUGCGGGCAGCACUACGGUGUCUCCCUGGUCACCGUUAGAAGAGCUAUUCUUUGAAGCAUCGUCUCUAACACUCCGCCAAGAGGCUUUCAGUUCUGUGGAAAGAACAUCUAAUACUGACAUAAAUGAAGCAGAGGUGUGUCUCUGGUAGGACUUGUGUGAGAAAAAUGAGAAACUUACAUCAUCUUUGCUAAAGGAACCAAAUCCUCCCGGGCUUUAAGAACAUCCUUUUGGUGUGAUGUUAACUUUCCCUUAGCAAAAGAGCCAGUAAUUUCAUGAAAAAUCAAAAUUUUAAGUGAUUGUGAAAAUCGGCAUUAUUGGUUGCACCCCUCUUUCCAUAUCACCCUGUGUCAGAUAUGAUCCCCCAAAUAUACUUUGACUGGCUCGCUCCUGGUGUGUGCAGGGUUCUUUAAUACGAGAAAGUCAUCCUCCAGCUCUCUCCGCCAGCAGAUCUAGUGCUGAAGGGGUUCAACCACAUUGAAAAUCAUUUUGUUUCCGAGCUCCUCCCUUUGUGCACUUCGUUUCGUUGUGCCUCGGUUCUUCUCAGUAGCACCAAAUCUAAGUGCAAAGCAAGUAUUCAUUUUCGUAAGGGAAUUUUUUAAUGUAUUAUUAAAAAAAAAAAAAAAGCUCAUUUCUUCAAUUGCCUCUGCUUUUGCCUGAUCCAAAGAGACCAAGUCACGGCACUGGUCCCUUGCAAGUCUUUUAGACAGGUUGUACUGUAGAACCAUGUAACUUUCUGUUGAAAGCACUUCCUGUAUUCUUGUAUUCCAAUGUAGGAAGCUAAUAGAGCAGGACUUUAAAAUCUCUUUCAGUGAUUGACUCUUUAAAUUGUAGUGAUGUGAAGAUGUUUUUUUUUUUUACAAACUAAAAACUAUAGUGAAUAAGCUGUUGAAAAUUGAAAGCAAUUCAAGUUAAAGAAAAUUUGAAUUCUCUGCUCUGAGUAUUUAGUAACCAACACUGCAUAAAGCAGGUAGCAUUCAAAUAAGAAACAAUUCUCUCUUCUUCGCUCUUCCUUCAAUUUGUAUUUGUGAUAUAAAGACUCUCCAGUUCCACGUCUGAGUCAGAACAUCAUGUUAAAAACAGUUCUGAGAUUCCAUAAGAUGUUUCUAGUGACUUGUGACUAGAUUUUAUGAAAUUUACAGAUACGUUCUCCAACGUGAUGUCAUCCUGUGCCUUUCAUGUAAGUGAAAUUUGCUCAUACAGCUUAAAGGUUGUAUUUGCAAAAUUAGGCCUUCAAUUUUUAUAAAUGUAAAGAUUAGAUUC